AUUAAUGCCAUCGGGGCGCAGUUGGCUACCCAUCUUCGUGAACUGCUCGCACAAAAUAAGGAUGAGCAAAUCGAAGAUCAUUCGUACUUCAUUUGUGACUUGCCAAUUGCCCAUUUAUUCGGAUUAGAAUCUCGUUUGGCCAUGGCCCUGGGUGAUUAUGCACACCAAACUCUGUCCACGCCUCGUGCGGAUGGGCUUGACCAGUCCACUGCCGGGUUGGAUUGCUCCACUCGUUCAACGCUCGAUUCCAGUUCUUCCAGUCCUACUGCGGAGCGAUCGUAUUUUGUAGAGCGUGCCCGUCUGGGUGAGUGUAAACGGCUAACACUCAGUUUGGAGACCUGGAUGGGUGCGGAAGAAGCUCGUCUUACUGGUCAGAUCGAUUGGUUGAAAAAACAGCUAAAGGAUGCAGAUCUCUCGAAUUCCUACGAUCAGUCACAUACGUUUUCACCUCCAAACUCAGUGACCGAAGAGGAAUUGAACAAUCUUUAUCGCCGAUGCGAUCGUCUGGCCUCGGAAUUGGCUCAUCUGGAUGAAACUGAAUUGGCUGAAACCAAGAUACAACAAUCGCUUCAUCGACAGCAGUCGUAUAUCCAGCGACUAGAUAAGCUGGUCGAUCGUCUCACGUCCGCACGUCAAACGGAUGUGGAACGCGAACUGGAGCAGUUCAUACAAAGAGCUUCCAUUGAACAGUUUGAACAAACUUUGACCAAAGUCCUGCGCGGUAAGUAA